CGACUUCUUAUUUACUAUACUACCGUCUCUUCGAUAAUCCAAAGACCAUGAUGCUCAUCCGCUCAGUCUCCGCCUUGAUGACUCUCGGCUCGAUUGCAGCAGCGAACCCCUUCCCUGCGUCAUACUCUCUCACUACACGUCAAGAUAAUGAGGGCUGCAAUGACAACUCGACUCGCUACACGUCCACGUCAGCGGGCUCUGUUUGCCUCUACCGCCCUUCCGACUGCACAGCGACCACGCUCGUCGAGUCCGGCGAUACUUGUAACAGCAUCGCAGAUCGUUUCAACAAUUUCACCCUUUCCGUCUUCCGUUACUGGAACCCUGAUAUCGGACAGACAUGUUUUGGACUUCGCGCCUACACUCCCGUGUGUAUCGGAACACCAUGGUACACGUUCACGCCUCCGGUACAGUCUCCCGAUGGAACCAUCGUUGGAACGACAGACUUGAACCCGACCCAGCUCCCCGUUCCAGUUAUGCCAAGCAUUGUGGAAGAAUGCAACAGGUACUUCCUGGCUGGAAGCGGACAGAGAGUCGAUGCGAUUGCGCCUGCUGCAGGCGUUUCCGUGGAAGAUAUUUUGAGCUGGAACCCGACUUUGGACAAGGAGAAUCCGGUGACAUGGGCUGGGUACUGGCUUUGCGUUGGUGUCAGCGCAUAGUUGGUCUGCCGAUAUGAUCAUGAAGAGUCGCGCCGAAAUUCGCGUCCCAGACAUACAGUAGAAGAGUUGGAAUGUUCCUCACCUAACACCCUCAUUUCGUCUUGCUUGCUCCUUUUUGUAGAUCUCACUAUAGCAUGAAUUAAAGCAAAGUUGUUGCCCGGGCCAUGAUUCUGA